AUGGAAGCAAAAAAGAAAGCCCAGCGACAACGAGAAGUAUACGCGAAGGGAACGCGUGCCUCUGAUAUAAUUCCCGGGGUAUUACACUUAUUUGAUACGGUGAAGCCAGUAAAUAUACCACUAAACAAACAUGAUAAAACUAUGAUAGUAACCAUACCACCAAAGAAAAGAGACGAAAAGAGAGCGUAACACUGGUAGCCACUCUGGAACCUAGGGCCAAACAAAUCACCAAAAAGGUAGCGAAAGUAAUGGUGGUUAGAAGUCCGCCACUAGUAACUAAGGUGACAUUUUAAAGUUACGAGUAAAUUUAAUGAACCAAUGCUGAUCUUUAACAAAGAAAAAAUAUAUGGACAAGUACACUCUUGAAUUUAGAGGAAAGAAAGUAGUAGACCAGUUAAGGAAACUGUUAGAGAUGAAGAAGACUGAAGGAGUUUAGGUCCUCAGUCCUUCGCCUGCCAACGGGGAGGAUAAGACACUCAUCAAUUUUUCUCGGGGACAAAUUAAGAAAAAAUGGUUCGUCGCAACCAGAUAGAGCUCUCACUGCGAUAAACCAAUACGAUGAGUAUAGUUUAUUAUCAUCUUAUAUGUAUAUUUUUUGUUAUAGAAAAAAAAAAAUGUAAGUAUGGGAUAUUGUAACACCCCAGAAAAUCGAUAGUUACACGUUCCAGUUUUAAUGUCAUAAGCAACUUAUAUUUUUGUACAGUAGAUCGCAUUAGCAACAUUACACACUGUGCGCCAUAAUAGGCAUCGAUACGUCAUGAACGCAGCCGUUGGCCGCCGCCACCGAGCGCGCUGCCUAGCGUUUCCCCACUGAACGGACGGCUGACGCCUAACACACGCUGACCGAUGGAUGAUCCGCAUAAAUACCGACCGCCCGUUCGUGAUUACUGAUUCGCUACAAGUCAUUCGACCUAGCAACAUCUCAUGAAUCGUGUAAGCUUGCUUCCAGUCUUGGUAAGCAAUUCCGCUAUUAUCUGUAUACUGUCACAAUCUGUUAUUGCUAAACUCACCACCAAUUAUCGACAAGCCCGUCCUUUUCUAUAUACCUACGCAGAAAGCCCGCAUUACACUAACCCGUUCUUCGUAGAAUACGCCUUUUAUUUGUAAUCCAAAUUGUUUAAUGAAACUGUUCACGAUUACUGAUACACUAUAAUUAUGUAUAAUAUAUUUAUAUAUCUAUUAAAUGACUUUUAUUUGGUUAACUUUUGUACUAUUAUAAAUAAUGUACUCGUGAACUCCCGCAGAAACAAUGCUCCUCCUACAUACUGUAAAUCGCAUGUAUAAAUAUUAUUAUGUUGUAAACUUGAAAAAACUUUUGUUAUUUUUUACGAUAACGACGGCAAACCGACAGUAUGUUACAGUUUUAUUCAUCAAUAUAAAUUAUAAUGAUAUUAUAAAACAAUAACAAACAUAACCUAUAGAUAUGUAAGUGUAUACUAUGUUUGCACUUAUUUUGCCUAACCUUAAUUUAUAAAUUAAGUUUUAAUGGUCCGCAAAAAUGUUCCGAAUUACUAAUGUGCCCUUCUAAAAGUAUGGUUUGCUAGACGUGACAUGUCGCAGUCGCGGUGGUGGUCGUAGCAUUAGUGCUUUUUAAUCAGUUCAGUUUCAAACCUGUACAUGUACGGACAUAUUUUUAUUUUGUAUUUAAUCGUAUUAAAAACAUUUAUAUUUUUUACCAAGAACAGCAAUAUUGUUAAUAAUAAUUACAUUCUGCUCACAAAAUUAUUAGCAGAGGAUGACGAAGAUGAUAUAUAUUUUGCUAAUUUUGUGUCUAAAAAAAUAAAAUCAACAAAUGAAAUGUUUAAAUAUCGGGACAGUGAAGGAUGUUACGAAAUAUUGAUAAUUAGACAUUUAAAAAAUGACGAUAUUAAGUUUCAUGCAUUUUUCCGUUCAAAAAAUCACCAACAGUUCUAUUUUUUACUAUCUUUAGUAGAAAAUGAAUUGAUUUUACAAUCUUAUAACCGUGUAAAAAUACCAAUAACUUCUACAGAAAAAUUAGCAGUUAUUUUAAGGUAAUUUAUUUAAUUGAAUUAAUAAUAAUAUUAAUUAAAUUAAAUUUUUUAACAGAUAUCUUGCAACUGGUGAAUCCAUUAGGUCGUUGCCAUUUUCAUUUUGA